AUGAAAAGUCUCCACAUCAAAACGCCAACAUAUUAUGUCAACAGCAAGGAGGUAUCUCCAAAAUUGACUAGUCCUGAUGCCCAGAUGUUGCCAAAUUUAAAAUUUGAGAGAAACAAUCAUACAACUUUUGUGUCUCCAAAAAUGGUCGACCAGAACAGGCUCGGGAGGAACAUAAGAAAGCGAAUUAAAGCUAAAAGCCCCAUGAACAAGACUUAUACCAGUAUCAGGAAUCCUUUGAAGAAAUCUAAAUAAGAUGAUCAGUGAUAUCAUCCCAGAUGUGAAACUUCUCACAGAUAUCGGAGUUAAGAAGCUCAAAGAUGAUCAGAAAAUCUUGAAAGUUAAGCACAAAAUCAAAAAUAAGUUCCUCAGUGUUGACCUAGAGACCAAAAUGAGAAGUCUUAAGAGUUAUUCUCCUCGGAACAAGAAGAACACGGAUUUUGUUGAUAGUAAAUAUAACAAACCUGUAAAGCUGAAGAAAGUUUUCUCCAAAACAAAAGAGAUGUCCCAGAAUGUCCAUUCAUUUAUGCUGAAAAAUGAGGGUUUUUUCUCAAGUAGGGACCUUAUGAGUACUCCUAAAGAGAGAAAUAUAUUCUCAGCGAGAAGGAUCUCUCAAUUAUCCAGACAGGCUGACACAGUACUUUCCAAGUGAAAUGAUGUGAAGAAUGAGCUCGACACCCUUAAGGUUUCAAAGAAGACCUUGAAUAUGAGGGUCAGGAAUGCAAUUUUCAAAUAAAUUUCUUCACAAAUACCAAACCGAGUCUCACUACAGAUCAGAUUUAAACAGAAGAGCAGUUGAGUGGCGCAAGGAGCAGGAACUCAAGAAACAAAAAGAGAAGGAUAAGUCAAAGGAUAUUGAGCCAGAACCCCUAAAAAGAGAUAUUUUCCAGAAAGAUCUCUUCUCAAAUUCUUUGAUCAAAGAAGAUUUCACUACUUUUUGAAGAGAUAUCUUCCCUGAAAUCGUGAAGAAAAUGAAGCUUAAUCCUUUCCAGGUCUGUGAGUUGCCAGUGGCAAAUCGGAAUGCAAAUGAUGAGAUCGUUCUCAAGAGCUGGCUCAGAAACAUCGAUUUCUUCCUACUAUACCCAGAACUGAUCAUGGACAGAGUCUGAGAGAAGCUAGCCCCAGUGAAUUACAGAGAAGGCAAGGUAGUCAUGGGAAAAGGCGAUAAAAGUGAAUUCAUGAUCGUGAUAUAUUCAGGAGAUAUCGGCAUCUAUCUUCAAACUGUUAAAGAACUUGAGAAUACAGGCAAAGAAGGCAAAUGUAUUGCACAAAAAGGAGCAGGAGGUGUCUUAGGAGAAGCAGGACUAUUGAAAGAAGCUAGCAGAGGAGCUACCUGUAUUGCACUGACUGAUGUCAAAGCUCUAUAUCUGUCAGCUUCAAAUUAUUGCCAGAUCGUUGAGUCUUUCCACAAAUCUGAGCUUUAUAAAUAACAUAGAAUUUAAUAAGUCUCUAGAUUUCUUGAAAGACGUUAAUUAUGCUAAGGCUAGGCUGCUAGCUCAGAGUUAUAAUUCAACAAUAUUUAAGAAGGGGCAAGUUGUCAUUGACGCUAAUACUCCAGUUAAUCAGCUGUAUAUAGUUAAAGAUGGAAUUCUAAAAGUUGAAAAGAAGCUUGAGCUCAGAAUCCCAAAUGUCUGGCCAUCUGGCUAUAAUAAGUGGGAAAUCAGAAUAGUUAAAUAGAAAAGUAAUCAGAGAGAUAGCCAAGAUUUCCUCAAAACAAGUCUUUGGGCUUCAUGAAUUGAUAUCCAAAACUCCUAUAAAUUGAAAAAUAAUUUGAGAAUCUGAACGGGCCCACAUAUUGACUAUAAACAGCACUGAUUUGUUUAUGAUAAUGUCAGAGGAAGAGAUUCUUGCGAGUUUUUCGAGUGAAAACUAUCUGAUCAUUCCAAAUGAUUUGGAGAUACAGUAACCAACAAAGAAAUGAAAUAUAU